ACUGUAGCUAACUUGACUUCUGCUGCUGCUGCUGCUGCGUCGACCUUGGCUGGUUUAUGAUGGCAGGCAAGGCGUGGAGGUCAGCGAUUCUUAAUGUGCUAAGGAAGUGGGGUUUACCGCUCAGUGGCAAGGAUAAAAUCAAGGCUCAAGAAGUGUCAUGGAUGGUUGGAGCUUUGAAGAAAGAGACUCCACAACCCAGGGCGUUCACUCGUGGGAUUCAUACUGUUACUCUCAUUCCUGGGGAUGGAAUCGGUCCAGAGAUCUCCGAUGCUGUUAUGGAGAUAUUUGCAGCAGCUAAAGCACCUAUUCAGUGGGAAGAGAGAAAUGUUACAGCCAUCCAAGGACCCGGUGGCAAGUGGAUGAUCCCUCCUGAUGCCAAAGAAUCAAUGGACCGUAACAAAAUCGGCCUAAAAGGUCCUUUGAAGACGCCAAUAGCUGCUGGCCACCCGUCUAUGAACCUGCUGCUGAGGAAAACCUUUGAUCUGUAUGCCAAUGUGCGUCCCUGUGUGUCCAUUGAGGGCUACAAGACCCCCUACAGUGACGUGAACCUGGUAACCAUCAGGGAGAACACUGAGGGAGAAUACAGUGGGAUUGAGCAUGUGAUUGUUGAUGGAGUUGUACAGAGUAUUAAGCUCAUUACAGAGCAAGCCAGCCAACGCAUCGCAGAGUAUGCUUUUGAAUAUGCCAGAAAUAAUCAGAGGGCCAGUGUUACUGCUGUUCAUAAGGCCAAUAUUAUGCGCAUGUCAGAUGGGCUUUUCCUACGGAAAUGCAGAGAGGCUGCUGAAAAGCACAAAGAUGUAAAAUUCGCUGAGAUGUAUUUGGAUACCGUGUGCCUCAAUAUGGUACAGGACCCCACACAGUUUGAUGUUUUAGUGAUGCCAAAUUUGUAUGGAGAUAUCUUGAGUGAUCUUUGUGCUGGACUAAUUGGAGGUCUUGGAGUGACCCCUAGUGGAAACAUUGGGGCCAAUGGUGUUGCCAUAUUUGAGUCGGUUCACGGAACUGCCCCAGAUAUAGCAGGAAAAGACAUGGCCAACCCCACCGCCUUGCUGCUCAGUGCAGUCAUGAUGCUGCGGCAUAUGGGUCUUCACGGUCACGCCAAGAAGAUUGAAACAGCAUGCUAUGACACCAUUCGUGACAAAAAGGUUUUAACAAAGGACCUGGGAGGAAACUCAAAAUGCUCCGAAUUCACUGAAGCAAUAUGUCAAAGAGUGCGGGAUAUGAACUGAAAGAAUGGUAAUGGGCAGUGCUGUGAGUUCAUGGUUGGUGUAUGGAUCUUAAAUUAUAUUAUUGUUGUAUCUGCACAUUUUUAACCAAAAUACGUAUUUAAAAAAGACUCAGGAGUUUAAUAUCCUGAAUGUUUUAUUUUUCUCUCUGCACACUCCAAAGCACUGUCUUUAAAUUCUUGACCAGCAGGUACUGUAUAUGUGAGAUGCUUUUAAUUUCUUAACUGUUUAAUCUGUGGUAGAUGUUGUCUAUUUAUUGUCUGAAUUUGGCCUCUUGUCUAAAUUGUUUGACUUGUUAUUUUAACAUUAAAUGUACAAUCUGCAAUCUAUAUGAUCACAAGAGAAAAACAAAGUCAAACUCUUAAGUUACUGUUACAGUUUCUGCAUAUAAUUCACAUUUAUGUAACUAAAAAUAUACAUUAUGUGCUGUAAUGAUUUAAACAUAAUCAGGCUUCCGUAACAUGAAACUUGCAAAUGU